UACACCAGAGGUCAGUGCAGAGUUGGGAGGUUAGACCCGCCAGAGCAACAUCAGGAGAGUCCCAGUUUUCUCAGUGGACGGAGCAGAACAACGGCAACAUUCACCAGGGAAAAGGCUGAAGGGAAGUAGUUGCAAUGGGCUACCUGCCCCCGACCACAAAAGCCUUGCUGCUGGGACUAGUGAUUGCUACUACAAUAGCAGAAGGGGUUGUGGUUGAGAACCAAACCAGAAUAUGCCAACCAGCCCCACUCUGGGAGAUAAAUGGUAUAGACCCGAUGGCUGGAAUGGAGGGCCAGGUGACAGUGGUGGUUCUUUUGAAGGCCAGCUGACACUUCUGUCUCAAGCAAGCAGCCAGCCUCGGCAGCUUGCAAGAGAAAUUGUCUGGCGAUGGCAUGGCCAAUGUCAGUUUCAUGAUUGUGAAUGAAAAGACCCCUUUCUCCAGGGCAAUGUAUUGGGAGCUCAAAAGACAUGCUCCCAAAGGCAUUCCAGUUUACCAGCAACAAAUCCUGGAACCUGAUGUCUGGCAAAUUCUAAAGGGCAACAAGGAUGACUUUCUGAUAUACGACAGGUGCAAGAAGCUCACUUUCCAUAUCCAGUUGCCAUACAGUUUUCUGCACUUACCAUAUGUUGAGGCAGCUGUGCGCUACACAUACCACAAAGACUAUUGUGGCAAUUGUUCCUGGUAUUAUCUGAACAGCAGCCAGGAGGUGAAUAAGACAACAAGUACUCCUGUGAUGACAACUGAGGCUCCCAGAGACAAAGUGAAGAGCCUGGAAGUAUUGAAAAGUCAGCCUGAAAAGAAAAAUCAAGAAACGCCUAACUUCAAACACAUAGUCCAGAGCCAUUCCCAUCAUGGGGGAAUUAACACAGCCCAACCAUCCCUCCAUUCUCAAAACCAUUCAGUUAACCACCACACAAGGGACUCUCACUAAAUGGCUACAGUAUGGAAAUACACCCUCAACUGUUAGGAACCCCAAAAUCUUACACUAAAAAAAUU